AUGCGAUUGAGAUCAGAAGGAUAUGGGAUUCCACAGGGACCACAUGAAGAAGCAAAUAUGUUGGUGGAAAGUUCCUUCAGCUCUUCCGUUGAAACUAGUUUAAUGAACGCAUCCGAGUAUCAAGACCCAUUUGCUGCAUAUGAUUGGGUGUCGCUUUCUGAAACUUAUCAGAUGCUCCACAAAUUUCCCGUACGGCCUCAAGUAAGCUCUCUUGAAGAUGUUCCAGUCCCUGAUGCAAUGAUUCUUGAUGAAUCAAAACAUCCAGAACUUCAAGUAAGUUGUCCAGAGCAGUCUGUUAUGCAUAAGGUAACAGAAAAGUCUCUGACUUCUUUUGUGUAUAGUCGAAGGAAGAGGAGCGUUAGUACUGCAGAACUUAACCCAGAAAAAAACAAGAAACAGGAUGAUUUACUUGAUGACCCUAUUGUCCUAUUACCUAACCCUGGAGAAAGCACAAAAAGGAAAAAUCGAUUCAACAACUGUCUUGUCUACAGCCGAAAGAAAUGGAGAGGGAAGUCCAGCUGCAGAUUUACUGGAGAAACUACGAUAAGGGUUGAUGGAAUUGCUGAUGCAUUUGUCUCUGAGCGUGACUCUGGAGAAACCAAGCCAAGAGGCAGCCGAUUAGAUAAUUGUCUUGUGUAUAGGAGAAAGAAAGCUAGAUCAAAAUUUGUUAGUUGCAGUUUUAGCGAACAUGUCUCUGGAGGAACCAAGAUAAGCGGUGAUCAAUGUGAUUCUUCUGCACAUAGCCAAAGGGAGCAGCAGAUAGUGAAAGCUGAUGGUGCUUUUACUGGACCUGUUUACAGCCAAAGCAAAAAGUUAGCGAAUGGCAAUAUUAGUAAAAGUCAUAUUGGGGAAACCAAGAAGAGUAAUGGUGAUAGAUCUGAUGUCUUGCUUAUGUAUAGCCGGAGGAAGCAGGGAGGGAAAUCUAUUGGUACUAGGGUUAAUGGCUUUCUAGUAUAUACCCGGAAGAACCCCAAAGUGAAAUCCAGAGGUGCUUUUGCUGGACAUGACCCAGGAAUAAAAAGGACUAAUGAUGCUCUUUCAGUUACCAAAGUGACAUGUUCAUCUGAUGGAAGAAAUGACAGCUGCUCGUCAUUGAAAUCCAGUUCUGAACUUGCUUCAGGUUCCCAUGAAGCUACAGAUUGCUAUUCCUCUGAUGCUGAAGUGUCUGAGACAGAUACAGACGGUAGUAGCAGCCCUUUCAGACGGUGCAGACGUUGUGAUAAACCAGGAACUGUUGAAAAGAUGCUAAUCUGUGAUGAAUGUGAAGAAGCAUAUCAUACAAGGUGCUGUGGUGUUCGAAUGAAAGAUGUUGAAGAGAUUGAUGACUGGGUCUGUCCAUCAUGUUCGAAAAAGAAGCCAUCGAAGGGCAAAAUUAAGGGUAGAACUUCACAGGAAAGGAAAUGGAGAGUUACAGAACCGUUCGUAAUAGGAAUUCGAAUAGGUAAACAGUUUCAAGCAGAUGUUCCGGACUGGUCAGGUCCAACAAUGAGUGAUACUUCUUUUGUUGGUGUGCCCUUGGAAAUUGAUGAGUCAGAAUAUACUCAUGAUCUCACGAAGGCCACGAAUGGUAAGAAACCACGUUCUCCAGUAAAUUGGCUCCAAUGCAGAGAGGAGGAUAGUAAUGGAGAUAUAUGCGGAAAGUGGCGUAGGGCCCCUAGAUCGGAGAUACAGACCAACGACUGGGAAUGCUUCUGCUGCGUCUUUUGGGAUCCAUCGCGUGCUGAUUGUGCUGUCCCACAGGAACUGGAAACAAGUGAGAUCCUUAAACAACUCAAGUACAUCAAGAUGUCUUCUACAUCCUCUCUCAUCAAGGAUCUGAAACAGAACUGUCGUUUUCCUCUGCAGCUUAGGCCUCGUUCAGACGCCAAAAGGCGAAAGCUAGGACCAAAGGGUCGGAGCAAAUCUCAUAACAAAUGA